CAGUUUCAGUUUCAAUCCCAACGCAAAGAUGAGAACUACACGCGCUGUUUGGCUACACUUAGCGGUCCUCGUGACCUUGCUCCACCUUAUUUGUGGAGUAGCUGCUGCACGAAACUAUAAUAACAACAAUAUCUACAUCAACAACAACAACGUAAAUCGCAUGCAACCAAUGGGUCAAUCACAAAGAGGUGCAAUGAACAUGCCACCAAAUCGCUACCAGAAUCAAAAUCAAAAUCCGAACCAGAUUCACAAUAAUAACAAUAACAAUAACAACAGAGAACAUCAGUACGAUGUGCCGAAAACCCGCGAGGAGCUGCGCGUGCGACAAAUCAUGGCCAGGGAGAUGGGCAACUACAUGGACCCAACUCUCGAUCCCUGUGAGGACUUUUUCAACUAUGCCUGUGGCAACUGGGCUCAGUAUCACACUCGCCAGCUACGCGACGGAGAACUGGGCACAGUCCAACAGAUAGUAGAGUCACGCAUUGUGGACAAACUGGACGAGCUGCUGAAGCUGCCGAUGACACCGCAACAUCAUCCCAACGAAUACAGUUCCGCGAGUGCAGCCAAUGUGCGCAAAGUGGUUAGCUUCUACGAUUCCUGCGUUGCCAUCGAGGCAAAUGCCCAGGAACGUCAACAAUUUAUGAUUAAAAUACUGCAAAAACAUGGCGGACUGAGGAACCUGCCGACCUCCAACUAUCAGUCUGGAUACACUUGGCAGAGGUUACUUUCCGAGCUGCGAAAAAACUAUGACUUGGAUAUACUAAUCGGACUGAGUGUAGAUCUCAAUCUGGAGCAGAUGCGUGGCAAUAGCAUCUACCUAGGUGAACCGAAGCUCACUAUAAUUCCGCAGGAGCAUUGCAAUACACUAAGCGUGCAGGAGGCAGAAGUGAACAGCGAGAUUUAUAAUGUGAUACAGCAGCAGGUGGCCAACAAUCUGCACGACUGGCUAGAGAUGGAACACGGCGAGGCUGCUCGCUUUGCCGGCGACAUCAUACGCUUUGAGUUUGAACUCUGCAAGCGCAUGCAUGAAAGCGACAUCUUGCCUCCACCGCCGGAUCAACAGCAGCCUGAGCAGGUGCCCGUCUAUACAGCUCGUUCGCGGACCGGACAAGACCGUUUGCGUCAGCAGUCUGGAAAUAAUUCGCCGUAUCCACGACGCAGCCUUUCUGAUGUAGACAACCAAUUGGGAGCUAAUACGCUCAGUUUUAAGCAGUUCGUGGAGAGUAUUGUGGACGGCAGUCAUGUGGAUUACGUAUAUCUGCGCUCCCAAAGCUACCUCAGUCACAUGGUGCGCACGAUCAAGUCGAACAAUCAUUUAACCAUCUCCGGUUACAUUCUAUAUGUGGCACUCUCGGAACUCAAUUCGCCGCCCGAGGAGGAAGGAAUGCCGCGUCCCCAGCAGUGUGUGCGUGUGAUGCAACGGCUCUUUCCCCAGGCGCUGGGCGACAUGUUCCAGCACCAUGUGCGCCAGAAUGAUGCCCAGAAUGACAUCGAACAGAUAUUCAACGAUGUGAUCAAAGCCUUUGAGCAGCAGCUCAAGGUGGAAUGGAUGACCGAGAACGAUCGACGUGCGGCUCGCACCCGACUCGUGCAAUAUCACACACAAUUUCCCGACUACCAGGGCGUUGAUCUGUCCGAGCUUCGCUUCGAAAAAGGCGAUGAUUACUGGCGCAAGCUGGAGAUUUCGCUGCGUUUCAAUGCGCAUCAGCAGCUGAACUCGCUGCGUGGCAACGACUUUGGCCAGCCCGACGAUGGUGGUCUGGAUGCCUUUGAGGUGCGUGCUGCACUCAUGCCACGUAAACACGAGAUCCUCGUGGGUUGGGGUCUGCUGCAGUCACCCUACUACAGCUACUACUAUCCCAAGGCCUUGAAGUACGCGCUGCUGGGCCAGAGAUUGGCCAGUGCCCUACUCUACGCCUUCGAUGACGAUGGAUGGAAUAAGUAUCCGCAGGCGACGUCACCUUGGUCCGAGGAAACAAUGUCAGGCUAUCGGAAUGUCAGCGAAUGUCAACGUGCCCAGUAUAGCAACUAUUUGACCGAUGAGCCCAACGAGUUUCGCAAUGCCACCCGCCUCAGGCAGAUUAUUGCCGAGAGCAGUGCCCUUAAUGUGGCCUUCAAUGCAUAUCUCAGCUGGUUGGAGCAACUGGAUCCUAAACUGAAGAAUCUCCUUUCGCGUGAGACGCUGCCCGAGUUGAAUUAUACCAACACACAGCUGUUCUUCAUCUACUUUGCCCAAACCCGCUGCUGGGCUAAACUGGGCGAGGAACCGCCACCAAAGGGUUUGCCUCUCAUGUUGCAUACUCCUGAGCGCUGGGAUGUGAAUGGACCGCUAAGCAAUUCAGAGGAAUUCGGGCGGGAAUUCGGUUGUGCGUUGGGUAGUCCAAUGAACAGCGGUAACAAGUGUUUGGUUUACUAAGCUGACUAUCAACUUUAUGAUAUUCAAAUAAACAGGGAAAACAAAUUAAUGAUGUUUGUUUUUGU